GGCGGUAAUUCUGAUAGAUUCGCUACACUGUUUGAUUCUCAGUGUGCUUGAAAACUACUACAGUAGUGUCCAUAGUUUCUGGAAAUUACUGAAUCCCAUCUGUUUCAAAAAGGUUUGUGAUUCCUAAUUUUCUCGAGGAAAGAUAAUGUACAAUCCUGAAAAGUCAUUGUUUCACUAUUUAUUUUGCUUAUAAUUGUCUUAUGAUCUGGUUUUGGUGCUUAAUAUCUGUCCAUCGACCCAGGCCAAUUUCAUCGAACCUCCACUUUUGCUAUGCAGACGGGAAGUUGUUGCGAUGACAGCACAGGCAGUGUGGGCGGAGAUAGUGAAACAAAUACGACGGUUGCCAGUAGUCCCGGUCUUGACCUUCCUGUUACUAAGGGUUCCCCAUUAUUACCGGAACCUCCCGAACAUAUUAUUACAACUCAACUCCCAACUUAUGACAAUUUAACAUCAACUUCUAGAAAAGGAAUCUGUAAAAUGGAAAAUACCAUCAGCUCGACGUUACAAAACACAGCCACCAUUAACUCAUGUGAACCUUCAACCCCUAAAUUUGCUAAAGCAGCUUGCGAUGCCUCUAUCUUAAACCCAUUCUCUAACCCUCCAUCUUUUGAGCCACCAAGUUUGCCUUAUUCCUAUUCAGAAAACAUUACAUCUGGUAUCCCCAAUUAUACUUUGCAAUUUACUCCAAUUACAUCUACACCUUCUUCUUCUUUUCCUUCUCCUGGAUCAGCUUUCACAGAACUUCAUCCAAAAAUCGGUCCAUGCAGUAAAUCUCAUUUUGUUCAACCUUCAGUAAUAUCAUCUAUGUCACCUAAGUUGAUUAAUAAAGAAGAUAUUCAUCCAAGCUACCCUACUAGUACUUCUGCUCAUAACCAAAAUGAAAUGUCAUCUAGUAAUCCCAAAAACUUGGUAGUAAAAAAGUAUUUGUGUCGUACAUGCGGUCAAACACAUGAUUCCAUGUCGCCUCAUAUUUAUAAUUACACACAAACGGUGGAUGCUGAUCUAUGUUGUACUCUAUGUCAAAAACCCUUAGUUGAUCCAUUAGAUACCAAGUGUGGUCACACAUUUUGUUCCCCUUGCUUAAAAAAUCAUCUAGCUGUUCAAGCACUUUGUCCUGUGGACAAGCAAAUUAUCAAUUAUUUACAGUGUCAACAAGCUUCUAAUAUUGUGAAACGAUUAUUAGACAAGCUAUUAGUUGCUUGUCCCAAUUCACCUACCUGUGAUAGUAUAGUUUAUCGGUCAAAUCUUGAAGAACAUUUACGUGAAUGGUGUGUUGGUGUACAUUCAUCUAGUGCAAUAAAAUCAACCUCUCGUACAAUGCAACAACAUAAUCAAUUCAAAAAUGUCUUCUUAUCCACUUUCAUUGGAACUGAAUCACAUGAUUCGAAUAUGUUACAACCAAUAGUAUCUGAUUCAACAAGAUGUCUCAGGAUAAUCGAUUCACAAAAUUUUAUGAAAAAUAAUCUUUUAGCACAGGAACAACAAAAUAUAAACUACCAUAAUUCAAAUAAUGAAUCCAAUUUUAGUUUUGUUUAUCCGAAUCAAUAUAUAAAAGAAUUUCCUAAUAUUUAUCCAUCAGUUACCCGAAUAGAAAUGGAUAAACUAAAUAAAACAAACUACGAUUCAAGUCUACCAUGUGUUGAAGAUUUAUCUGAUUCACCAACUGUAUAUGAAGGUGUUCCUGUCUCGAUUUUAAUUUAUCGUCCAAACGACUGUAUGGAUUUAGGUUUCACAUUUGUUGGAGGUAUUGAUACACCUCUUGCAUGCAUACUAAUUCAAGAAAUCUAUUUGGAUGGACCCGUUGCAACGGAUGGACGUCUUAGACCAGGCGAUCAGUUGUUAGAGGCGAACGGCAACUUAUUAACACAUGUUACGCAUGCUGAAGCACAGAGCAUUUUGACUAUUCCAUCAUCAGUAGUUCAAUUCACUGUUUUCCGUGAACCAGUUUCUUUGAAUGCACAACAUCAAUCACAACCUCAAUAUCACCAAGAAAUAUUUUACGUUAAAUUAUGCAAACGUCAAGGGAAAGUUCUUGGAAUUAAACUUGUCGGAAAAAAACAUUUACCAGGACUAUACGUACUGGAACUUGUCGCUGGUUGUGAAGCUGAUCUUGAUGGGAGAAUAAAAAAAGAUGACCGUAUAUUAGAAAUUAACGGAAUCGAUUUAGAGAAUGGGACACAAGAACAAGCAGCUCAAAUAAUUAAUUCUGUUUCGGAUUAUGUUAUUUUUAAAAUAAGCCGUCGAAAUCGAUCUGAUACACCGGAUAUUUUAAGAACUACAACAGAUUCAGAAGAGAAAUCAGAGAAUAGUUUAUUAGCUUUGGAGCCAUUGCAGCUCAGUUCGAAUAAUCAACGUCAAGAUAAUAAUAAUAAUAAUAAUCGUGAAUCAUCAAAACCAGUCCAAAAUUUUGCAUGGCCAAGCUUGGAAGACCGAGACAUAAAUCUAUCUGACACUACUUCUCAUUCAACUACAGAAUUAAUUCAUUCUUCAAAUGAACAGAAAUUAGCCUGCUUCAAUCUGUCAUCAUCAACGACAACUGACGAGAAUCAUCGACCGGAAAGAGUGAAUCAGACUUGUAACGAGUUGACAAAUCGUUCUAAUCCUGUAGAUUCAGCUACUUCAAAUAGUCCGCAUAGUCGAAACAGUGAUAAGCAAUUUACUUCCUCAUCAGCUGAAUCAUCAUGUCAAGAAAGGACUAUUGUUGUGAAUAAAAGUUCAGAAGAACCCUUGGGUAUAUCGAUUGCUGGAGGACGUCAUUCACAGCGUGGAGAUACACCCAUCUAUGUAACAAAUAUUAGUGCUGAGUGUGUUCUGGGUCGAUCAAAGUUGAUUCAAAGAGGUGAUAUUCUGUUAGAAGUAAAUGGUAUAGGUUUAGUUGGGCUAACUCAUCAUGAAGCUGUGGAAGUUCUUAGACGAAUUAGUUCAAUGCAAACACAUAUACAACUACGUGUGAUUACGGCUCCUGAGACAAGUGAUGGUCCGGAGAAUUUCAUGCCAUCAUGGACAUAUUGGCUUCGAUUACCUCCAGUAUGUCAACUUGCUCGAGUUAUACUUCUUCGACGACAAGCUAGUACUCCUAGCUACAGUGAUUGUUCUAUCUCUCAACCACUUGGUUUCAGUAUUGUUGGCGGUCUAGGUCAUGAUCAAAGUACAACAAGUCAAGCAAAUUCAAAUAAUUCAGAUGAAAAACUGAGUAAAUCAUCUCCAAAAGUAUCCUCGAAAGUGGGUUACUCAAAUCUAUAUCCCUCACCUAUUGUGAUAAAAUCUAUAGUUCCUGGUCUUCUAGCUCACAAAGACGGUCGAUUAAAAUGCGGUGAUAUAAUCUUAGCUGUGAAUAACAUAUCCAUGCUUAAUAUUCGCCAUUCAUCUGCAGUUCGUUUAUUGAAACAAGCAUCAGGAGAUGUUGUUUUACAAGUGAUUUCUUGGCCUGGUACAAUUGUUUAAAUUAUAAUUUUACUCUAAUUAAUUAAGUUUUUUCCUAGUUUUAUGAAUUUCGUAUUGAAAAAAUAAUUGGCAAAAUACUAAUUCAUUCAUUGGACAGUACUCUAUAAUCAAAGAAAAUAGAACUGAAGUUCUAUUAGUAUCAUGCAUUAUUAUUAUUAUUAUUAUUAU